CAAAACAAAGAACACCCGCAGUUGCUUGUGUAUCUGUUAACUUGCCACGUGGUCUCCUCAUCCCCGUCAGCGACGGAACUCUUCAUCGUCAACCGCCGAAAAAGGGGUCAAUUUUGGAUAAUCCAAAGCUGCCCCUCUCCUCCUUUCCCAAUCAACCCGCAUGGGCUAAGACCCAAAAUCGCCUUUUGUUUGUUCGCGGUUCUCUCCCUCUGCAACUCAAUCUUCCUUUCUUCUAUAGAGCUGCACCGAUUGAGAACCAACCCAAUCCAAUCCAAUCCAAUCCAAGCCAUGUCUAAAUCAUCUCAAACGACACUGCAUUUGGUGUUGGUAUUGUUUUGCUUUCUAGGAUUAGGGUCUGGUUCAAUUUAUGGUGAAGCUUUGAAGGUACCUUUUAGGGUUAAAGAUUUGCUUCCCGUAUUGCCACGUGAGAUAUCAUGGCCAGUGCUGAACAAUCUCCAUAAUCCCGUUGAUUUGUUGCCGUAUUUUGUUGGAUCGGUGACCCCUCAAAAUGGCUCUAUUCAGUGGAAAGGUGCUUGCUUUUACGAGAACGAGGCCCGUAUCGACUUCACCGAAGGUGAUCGAAAUCAAUCUGGCUUGGGAGGCGGUGUUCUCCAUGUCAAGACAUCUGCAGCGCACAGCUGGACCUGUAUGGAUUUGUAUGUUUUUGCAACACCAUAUAGAAUUACGUGGGAUUACUACUUUUCUGCACGAGAGCAUACUUUGAAGUUUGAGUCAUGGGAAGAACAAGCGGAGAUGGAAUAUGUGAAGCAACAUGGUGUUUCUGUAUUUCUCAUGCCAUCAGGAAUGCUGGGGACCUUGCUUUCUUUAAUAGAUGUUUUGCCUUUGUUCUCUAACACUGGAUGGGGUCAGAAUGCUAACUUAGCUUUCCUAGAGAAGCACAUGGGUGCCAAAUUUGAGAAACGCCCUGAACCCUGGCGUUCAACCAUUGAUCCUGAUGAUGUUCAGUCUGGUGAUUUUUUGGCUGUGUCAAAGAUCCGUGGUCGGUGGGGUGGAUUUGAGACAUUGGAGAAAUGGGUAACUGGUGCAUUUGCAGGUCAUACAGCAGUUUGCUUGAAAGAUGAAAUGGGGAAUCUUUGGGUUGGUGAAUCUGGACAUGAGAAUGAAAAGGGUGAAGAGGUUAUAGCUGUAAUCCCAUGGGAUGAGUGGUGGGAAUUGUCUCUAAAGGACGGUUCUAAUCCACAAAUAGCUUUGCUUCCUUUACAUCCAGAUGUGCGUGCCAAGUUCAACUCAACUGCAGCUUGGGAGUAUGCUCGGAGCAUGUCAGGCAAGCCAUAUGGUUAUCACAACAUGAUAUUUAGUUGGAUUGACACAAUAGCAGACAACUAUCCGCCACCUCUUGAUGCUCACUUGGUCAUUUCUGUCAUGUCUAUGUGGACUCGGGUGCAGCCUGCUUAUGCUGCAAAUAUGUGGAAUGAAGCCUUAAAUAAACGGCUUGGGACUGAGGAUCUGGACUUGUAUGGAAUUCUAGCUGAGAUUGAAAAGCGUGGCAUAGCCUUCGAUGAAUUGCUUACUGCGCCAGAACAAGAUGAAUGGAUUUAUAGUGAUGGGAAAUCAACAACAUGUGUUGCCUUUAUCCUUGCAAUGUAUAAGGAGGCUGGAGUCUUUGGUCCCAUUUCUAGCUCCAUUCAAGUUACUGAAUUUACUAUUCGUGAUGCUUACAUGCUUAAAAUUUUCGAAAAUAACCAAACACGCCUACCUGGUUGGUGCAAUAAUGACAAUGGCCGGCUCCCAUUCUGCCAAAUUCUUGGCGAGUACUGGAUGGAAUUGCCAGAAUAUAACACUGUAGAGCCAUAUGCCAACAUGAACGAAAACUGCCCGUCCUUACCUCCCAGUUAUGAUAGGCCUGGUCGAUGUUGAUUUGAAUUCAACCAAUUUGCUAACACUGAAAUGCUGACCAUCAAGUUUGUAAUUUCUCAGUUUCUAAGCUGUACGGAUAUCAUUCUAGAACAUGCACUGCAUAUUCUCUUCCCAACUCUCGUCUGGAAAUGCUCAAUGAUGUAUAUAAAUUUUAUUCAGUGGAGACGUUAUGUUUGCAGUCACAUAUUUUAUAUUGGUUUAAGAAAUCUAUGGCAUGUGCAUUAGCUAGUCCUCUUUAA